AUGAAAUACAAAAAGAAGGAGAAAGAGGAGUUGUUGGAAGCAGACAGUUCAAUAGAGGAGAAAAACAUUCUCAAAUACACACUCGUAGACAACUUGCAUAGGCCACCAUACCAAGUGAUUCUUGAUACCAAUUUCAUAAAUGACUGUAUUAGGAAGAAGAUAGAGCCAGUGGAUGUACUGAUGGAAGCACUCAAUGCGAAUGUUGAUAUUUACAUCACAGAAUGCGUCUUUGGUGAGUUAGAGAAGCUGGGUCGCGUAUUUAGAAUCGCACUAAACAUGAUUAAGCGAAUUAAUCAUACCAGACUGAUUUGCGACCAUAAGGGAACAUAUGCAGAUAACUGCUUGUUAAACAGAGUCAGAAUGAACAAGGUGUUCUUUGUUGCGACAUCUGACGUGAAUUUGAAGCAAAGAAUCACCAAGAAGUGUGGAACACCAGUCUUAAUAUUCAGAGGACGAAAAUUAGUUGCAGAAAACUUCCAUAGUUUGGUGUGA